GGCAGAGGCAAUGGCAAUUCAACCGCUGAAGCUCAGGCCCAUGCUCUCCACAACCCUGCGCUGCGCUUGGUGCUCUUCAUUAUAUCCACCCCUUACCCUCAGUACAAAGCCCUUGUCUUCUUCUUCUUCUUCUUCGUCUUCUUUGAACUACUCUCCAUGGUCGGGUCUCAAGAGCUGGAGAGAGAAUCCACUCAAUAAAAACCGGCUAUGGGGACCCAAUGGUCCAGAACCUUUACCACCAUCGCCCUGCACACCACUUGAAGUCUGUGAGGGCCCAAUGGCUUUGGCUUCUUCUCUGGCUGAAAUGGGCUCUCUGGUUCUCUCCACCAGUGACCCUCUCACCAAGUCCAAACUAUCUCAUCUCGCCUACUCUAGGUGGCGGACAGAGCAUCUCCCCAUUGGGGACUCCCAAGCGCCCGAUCGGCCCGCUCGCCCUGCCAAACCCCAGCUGGUUUCUCCAAAGGAAAUUCCAGCUCCCAAAAACUCAGGUUUGCCUCUAAAUGCAUACAUGCUCCAUAAUCUUGCUCAUGUGGAGCUAAAUGCAAUUGAUUUGGCAUGGGACACGGUUGUCCGCUUUUCACCUUACAGCAAGAUUCUUGGAGAGGGCUUUUUUGCUGAUUUUGCUCAUGUUGCUGAUGACGAGAGUCGCCAUUUUGCUUGGUGUUCACAGAGACUGGCUGAACUAGGUUUCAGUUAUGGAGAUAUGCCUGCUCAUAAUCUUCUUUGGAAGGAAUGUGCAAAAUCAUCUAACAAUGUUGCUGCACGUCUGGUGGCAAUCCCACUGGUCCAGGAGGCUCGAGGACUGGAUGCUGGGCCACGGCUGGUGCAAAAACUCAUUGGCUUUGGGGAUUCUAGGACAUCUAACAUUGUUGCUAGAAUUGCUGAUGAGGAAGUUGCACAUGUUGCAGUUGGUGUCCACUGGUUUGUUUCGGUUUGCCAGAAAAUGGGCCGUGCUCCUUGCUCCACUUUCAAAGACUUGUUAAAAGAAUACAAUGUGGAAUUGAAAGGACCCUUCAAUUAUUCAGCUCGAGAUGAAGCUGGAAUUCCUCGUGAUUGGUAUGACACAUCAUCUACAUCUGAGGUUAAACAGGAUAAAAGUGAGCCACUGUCCGAGGUUUAUGAAAGGCUUGCUUGCAUCAUCUCUAUGGAAAAUGAGAACUCAAGUUUGAAUAGGCCUCCUGGAUAAGUUUUGUUUGACACAAUCAGCUCAAGCUUGAAAAUUCUCUCACAUGUGGGCAGCUGGUACAAAGCAGGCUCUCCCCCUAUACUCAUAUGAAUUCUGUUGUUUGAUGUCAUACCUCCAAUACAUCCAAGGCCAGGUGUUUGCUGAAUCUGUUUUAUGUGCAUCACAGAGUCUCAGCACAACAUCAGACAUACCAAACAAUUCUACCUGACCUGCAGGAAGGUGUGAACUGGGGGACCACUGCUUUUCUUUUUCCAAUUUUCUUCUCUUUGGGCAUUUUUCCAUUCAUAAUCAGGGUUUAUUUUACUGUAAAUGUUGAUAAUUUUCAAACUUACCCUUCUUCAGUAGGUACUAAUGCCCUGAUAAAAAUCUGAGUUGGAAGUAUUUGAUAUAGACAUGUGCAUCUGCUCCUGUUUGAAAUUUGGGAGUCGUCUGCCCCUCUGGGGGCCUACAGGCUACUACAAUUCAUCCUCUUAAGACCCUUCAGGAUAAGAUUAUCAGUGGAUGCUGUCGUUUUGGCCA